UUUGUUAUUUUUGCUGAAAUUUAUUACGUCAUAAUCGCGUCGAGUCAUCUACUUGACUCACUUUUUUGUUGAAUUUUGCCGACUUGAGACUUGAUUUCUUUAAUUUUUUGAUAUUUUUAUCAAAUUUUCUCACAAAAAUGGCAAUUUUUCGUUCCUGGUUGAUCCUAACAGCUCUGUUGGCAGUUUUUGCUCAGUCUUUAAUGACUCAAAGCCAAAGUGACUCAUGUUCCAAUCAUCUUUCGUGUCAUUCUUGCAUUCAAACUAAAGAUUGCAGUUGGUGUUCGAAGCCGUCAAUGGAUCCAAGUUCCAAUAAUGAAGUUCGUUGUUUCGCUUCGAGCAAUAAUUUCUUGUGCGAUAAGGAGUUUAUCGUGAAUCCAAGGAACGUUGAGACAGUUAUCGAUGACAAGCCACUGUCUAAAGUCAAGAAAUCUGAAGUUAGAGAAGAAAUUGUUCAAAUUUCACCGCAAAAAAUUAGUUUGAAAUUGAGAUUGAAUGAACCUCAACGAAUUAAAUUCCGAUAUUCUCGUGCCGAAGACUACCCCGUCGACCUGUAUUACUUGAUGGAUCUGUCAAAAUCCAUGGAAGAUGAUAAAAACAAGCUCUCCAAACUGGGAGACCUACUCGCGACAACGAUGAAAAACAUCACCAAAGACUUCCGUUUGGGCUUCGGAUCUUUCGUCGACAAGCCUUUGAUGCCUUUCACCUCUACCGUUCCCGAAAAACUCAUUAGCCCGUGUGCCGGAUGCGCUGCGCCCUACGGUUUCAAGAAUCACAUGAGUUUAGACACCAACACGGCUCGUUUUUCGCAAGAAGUGAGUCGCUCCCAGAUUUCGGGCAACAUCGAUACGCCCGAAGGUGGUUUUGAUGCUCUCAUGCAAGUCAUUGUUUGCGACGAGGAAAUCGGUUGGCGAAGUCAGGCACGUCGAUUGGUGGUUUUUUCAACGGAUGCCGGGUCUCACGUUGCUGGCGAUGCGAAGUUAACGGGAAUUGUGACGCCAAAUGAUGGAAAAUGUCACGUGGAGAGUCAUGGAUAUACGCAUUCGGCGCUUCAAGACUACCCGAGUGUGCCGCAGAUUAACAAAGUUGCCAAGAAAAAUGCGAUAAAUUUGAUUUUUGCUGUUACGAAGGAUCAGGUGAACACGUACGAACGGCUUUCGAAGGAAAUUGAGGGAUCGUCAUAUGCUGAAAUGGAAGAUGAUUCCUCGAAUAUUGUUGAUAUUAUUCGAGAUGGAUACAAUAAAAUUUCAUCAAAAGUCGAGAUAAAAGAUGACGCCAACUCCUUCGUGACCAUCAAAUACUUCUCCAAAUGCAUGCACGGCUCUCAGUUGAUCGAAACCAACCACUGUGACGACCUCCAAGUUCACGUUCCCGUAGAAUUCGAAGCUGAAAUCAUCGCUACUGCUUGCCCGAAAAAUCCUCAAACUGUCAAAAUCUAUCCUGUUGGCGUCGAUGAAGCUCUUGUACUCGAAAUUGAUCCAAUUUGCGAAUGUCCAUGCGAAAAACCCUCCGAUCCGACAUUCGAACCAAAUUCCGCCAAAUGCAACUCCCAUGGAACACACAAAUGCGGGACUUGCGAUUGCGACAACGGAUUUUACGGCAGAAAAUGCGAAUGUUCGAGCUCGGAUGGCGGCUCGAGUGUCGUCGAAAAUUGUCGCGCCGAUAAUUCUUCGCUUGUCGACUGUAACGGGCGCGGAAAUUGCAUUUGUGGCGAGUGUAUUUGUCACGCGCGUCAAAAUCCCGAGGAAAAAAUCACGGGUCGUUAUUGCGAAUGUGACAAUUUCUCGUGUGAGCGUCACAAUGAACGAGUUUGUGCGGGUCCGGAGCAUGGAACGUGCGUUUGUGGCAGUUGUGAGUGCGCCAACGGAUGGACUGGACCAGCUUGUGAGUGUGCAACGUCAACGGAAAGCUGUAAAGCGCCUGGAGACACGCAAAUUUGCUCGGGACACGGAAUUUGCGCGUGUGGCGAGUGUCAAUGUGAAGUAACGCCCGAAUCGCGAUACUCUGGAUUGUAUUGCGAGCGAUGCCAGACAUGUGCGGGACGCUGUGCGGAGUUCAAAGACUGCGUUGAAUGCAAAAUGUAUCAAUCGGGCGCCCUGAAAGACGAAUGUGAAGCAAGUUGCAUGGAAAUUUCCGUCGAAACCGCAGAAAAACUCGAAAUUCAGAACGAUUUUGAUCACAUUUGCACGGCUUAUGACGACAAAAAUUGCCGGUUUCAGUUCAUCUACAACGAUCGCGAUGAAAAAAUCGUGUCAAUUCGAGCGCAAAAGGAACCCGAUUGUCCUCCGGUGAUUUUUACCUUGGGCGUGAUCCUCAUGAUUAUUGGCGCAAUUGUCCUCACUGGCUUAGCAACGUUACUUUUGUGGAAAUUAUUUACGACAAUAAAUGAUCGCAGAGAAUACGCCCGAUUCCUUGAGGAGACCAAAAAUGCCAAAUGGACUGCUGGCAAAAAUCCGUUAUACAGAGAAGCAACAACAAGAGUUCAAAAUCCGACGUACAGAGAUAAUUAGUCGUGCAAUUGCAAAUUUUAGUUCCUUAGUCAUUAGAAAGUAUUUUGUUUAAAUGUUUUAUUCUUAUAAAGUUGAAAUUUGAUACCAAAGUGAGAUUUUUUUGUCAUUUUG